GCAUUACUGUGAAUUUUUAACAUAUUCUCUGAAUGUUUCGGUUGUGUAAAUAACUGACUUUUAUAUAUUGUUUUAAUUCAUUUUAUAUAAUUCCUUCGUUGUGUGUGAAUAUGGAAUUCGAUAAAAAAAAAAUUGCUGUAAUGACGACAGCACUACCUUAACAAUAGACACACUACCUUAAGCACGUUUUAAAAAUACACCUAGCUGGUGAAGAAUGAACUCUGAAAAGUAAGACUGCGUCAUAUUUAAACUAUAUUACAUAUAACGAUAAAAAGUGCAUAUUCGCAUGCUAAAGGCAUCGGUAUUACACCUUGAAUGUGAUGAUAUGCACUAAGAAAAAAGUAGUGUACGGGAUAAUUGCUCAAAGCGAUAUUUAAUUAUUAUGCACCACCGGACACACCUACGUAUAUCGUGUUUAACAUUAUGUACAUACAUACAUAUGUACUAAAAUAAUUCAAAAUAACAGCGCAGAUAUAAAAGCAUAAUUUUUAUAUGCAAUAUCUAACAAUGAAAUAACAAAACAAUAAAACAAAAAUAAACGUUUAACAAUUCACCAACCGCAACAAUAGCCACCCCAACACGUCUACCCAGCUUAAUGGAAUAUUGUAUAGCGAAUUACACUACAAAGCGACACCUUCGCUAGCAUCUUAGAAUAUUAUUACCUGCCGUUUUAACAGCUUUGAGAAUUGUCAUAAUUUUAAACAUCCCCGCUCAGUCAGCAAGCGAUCGUGAUAUGAACAACAACGCAUCGCAAAACAAUAUCUAGAAAAGUAAAAUUUAAUCUACAAGUACAUACUUGCAAAUAUUCUCAAGACAAAAGAUGUUAAGUAAUUAAUACUACAUACAUCAAUAGAUUUGUAUUUGGCGACAUUUAAAAGUUUUAAAGUACGCUGAUGAUAAAAAAUAGACAUGACGGACAACGUAAUUUCAACACACUCGCCCAAUGAAAACACAACUUCUGUAUUAACGCUGAAUAACUUCAGUUCAAGAACUUACCUUACUGAGAAGAAACAGCUUGGUGAUGACUAUAAUCCAAAGGAUUAUCGCGACCAAGUUAAAGGUCAAUCCUCAGUUGGCGCUUUUAUGCAUUUGCUUAAAGGCUCAUUAGGUUUUGGCAUUCUCUCCAUGCCGAUGGCUUUCUACAAUGGUGGCUUACUAUUCAGUAUGAUUGCUACGCUGAUAGUGGGCUUUCUUUGUGCGCAUUGUGUACAUAUUUUGGUCAAAACCUCACAAGAUAUUUGCCGAAACAAUAAGAUCGCUGCGCUAAGUUUUUCUGAAACCACCGAGAAGGUCUUCGAAGGUGGUCCAAAAUGCCUGCGCGCCUGGUCAGUCUUUGCAAAACGUUUCGUAGAUGGCGGACUGAUGGCGACCUAUUUUGCGGCCGCUUGCGUUUACAUGGUGUUUAUUGCCACAUCAUUUCACGAUGUGAUCAACUAUGAUAGCGGCCUGAACUGGGAUGUGCGCAUUUAUAUUGCAUUCACCGUGAUACCUUGCCUAUUAAUUGGCCAAAUAAGGAAUUUGAAAUGGCUAGUGCCCUUCUCAGCUCUUGCGAAUAUACUCAUUGUGGUCACAUUCGGCAUUGUGUUGUACUAUUUGUUCAGAGAGCCAUUGGUGUUCUCAGACAAACCGCUGGUUGCCAGGAUCGAACAGAUACCACUCUACUUUGCCACAGCCAUUUUUGCCAUGGAAGGUAUUGGUUCAGUUAUGCCAAUUGAGAACGCUAUGCAGAAGCCGCAACAGUUCCUUGGCUGUCCAGGCGUACUCAAUACCGCUAUGAUACUUGUGACGAUAUUUUAUUCGGUCAUCGGUUUCUUAGGAUAUGCACGUUUUGGCAGUGAAGUGCGCGGCAGUAUCACAUUGAAUUUAGUGGAGGGCACACCUUUGGCUGACAUUGCGAAACUGCUCAUCGCUGUAGCUUCUCUCUUUGCUUAUGGUUUGGUAUUCUAUGUACCGAUGGACACGCUUUGGAAAAAUGUUAGUCAUAAAAUCAACGAAAAGAAUCACAACAUCGCACAAAUACUAAUACGCACGGUCAUUAUACUGAUUAGUGGCGUUGUGGCCACAGUCAUACCCAAUCUGGAACCAUUCAUCAGCCUCGUGGGCGCCAUCUUUCUCUCAUUACUUGGCUUUUUGGUGCCAAGCGUUUGUGAGACAGUUUAUUUGUGGCCCAACCGCUUGGGCUUCUGGAAAUGGAAGCUGUUUAAAAAUUUUCUUUUAAGUACAUUUGCGUUAUGCGCUCUCAUUGCUGGCUCAGUAGCGAGUAUAAAUGAAAUUAUUAAAAUAUAUCGCUAAUGCACAGAGCUUAAGCUGUGUUUAAGCCUAAGCUCAAACUUAUAUAUAUAUUCCAUAUAACAGUAAAAGCAGCAGAUCUAUAAUUACUAAAAAUAGCCAAAUAGCAGCAGUUUUUCGAACUGUUUAUUGUUUUUAUGCUGUUGGAAUAAUAAAAUCGAUACAUUUCAAACGAAAAUUCAAAA